CAAUGUCAAGUGACAUUACCACAGACAAAAAUCGCAAAACAAACGUGCUGUGAAAAAGCCUAAAAAGCACCGAAAGGCAAUUUAUUUUGCGAAAAAAACUUUAUAAAUGAAAAAUGGCGGUGCGGCCACAGCACAUGCACGACGGUGGUAUUGUAGAGCGUCGGUUGCGACCAAUUUACGACUGGUUGGACAAUGGGAAUAAUAAGAAGGCGCUUCAGGAAGCGGAGAAAGUGCUUAAAAAGAGUCCUUCUCUGCAAGCGGCCCGAGCUCUGAAAGCCCUAGCACUUUUUAGGUUAGGAAAGGGUCCAGAGGCGCACGUAGUUCUCGACGCCCUGGCUGAUGAGAAGCCAAGUGACGACACCACGCUGCAGGCGAUGACGAUAUCCUAUAGAGAAUCUCAGCAAUUGCACAAAGUAUGCAUGCUAUACGAGAAUGCGGUGAGGGCUGAACCAACAAGUGAAGAGUUGCACUCACAUCUAUUCAUGUCUUACGUCCGGGUCGGAGACUAUCGGUCUCAACAGCGGGCUGCGAUGGCCCUCUACAAGUUUGCUCCCAAGAACCCGUACUAUUUCUGGGCCGUUAUGAGUAUUGUUUUGCAGGCCAAAACAUCAGAAGAUAACACUAAAAAAGGCAUCUUACUCGCCCUCGCCCAAAGAAUGGUUGACAACUUCAUUAGUGAGAACAAAAUGGAAGCCGAACAAGAAGCUCGCCUCUACAUCAUGAUUCUAGAACUCCAAGAAAAAUGGGAGGACAUCUUAAAGUUCAUUGAGAGUCCUUUAUACUCUCAGCUAGUCCCAGGAUCUACCGCCCAAGCCUGCAUACCAUACUUAAAGAAACUCGGUCAAUGGAAACGUCUCAACAUGGUGUGCAAAGAGUUACUAUGGGACAACCAAGACCGAUGGGACUACUACGUCCCGUACUUUGACUCCGUCUUUCAUCUGAUGAAGGAGAAUGAAGAAGACGCAGAGAACUCGAUUGACAAUACUGCGGAAAAGUGCCAUGAAUUUAUCUGUCAGUUGGUGGAGAGUAUGACAUCGGGACGGACGUUGAGAGGUCCUUAUUUAGCUAGAUUGGAGUUGUGGAAGCGACUGGCGGUAGACGGUGACCCUACUACCCUUAUUGGCAGUGGUUUGGCGUUAUGUGUGCAAUAUCUAAGGGUGUUUGCGAACAAACCUUGUGCGGUACCAGACUUGAGGCCUUACCUUGGCAUGAUACCUCAGAAGGAAAGAGAGGAGAAUUGUAGAGAGUUUUUGACGUGUCUCGGUUUUGAUGAGAACAGUGAACCUGAAUCGCCUGAUGACAUCCAACGCCACGUCUCCUGUCUAUCCGCAUGGCGGCUGGUGGCGGCGCCCCUGCCGGCGGGCGAAGCCCUAGCGCUGGCGACCACGCUCCGCGGCCACUACGUGCGCUGUCUCAACAAGGGGCUUGUCACUUCUACGGUCACCGAGUUCUGUGCUACUGACUCCUAUGGCAUACUCGCUGCUCAUCAUUAUUACUAUGCUGGAGUGCAGCAGCAGAGUUCAGCCCCUGUAGUGGAGGCACUAUGCUUACUGGAGCUGGUGUUGCACCACUCGCCAGCUAACUUCCAUGCCAAGCUGCUUCUAGUCAAACUAUACCAUCUGUUAGGUAACGCGCUAGCAGCUGACAGCAUAUACCAGCGUUUAGAAGUGAAACACAUACAACUGGUGUCACUAGGGUGGCUACACUGUGCCCGCUUAGCCCCCGCCUGCGUGGCUAGCCGGGCCCUGCAGCUGCUGGCAGACACCCGCACCUUCCUCAAACACCACGGCAAGGAUAGCGUCGAACACCUUACCUACGCCUACAAGUAUGGCACGUUCGAGAAGCUGGUGGAGCUAGGUCUGUGGGGGGGGCGGCUGCAGGCCUGCGCGUGGGGAGGGGCGGCGGCUCGGGAGCAGGCUCUGUUGGCUCAGCUGGCUGGGCCACCUACGCUGCUGCAUCAGCCCGCCCGGCUGCCGGCAGUGCCUACUGACAACCGUGAUUUAAAUGCGAUCGUAAACUUUGAGCCGCCUCAACUUCAAGACGAGAACUUAAAAGCCCGCACUUUUGACCAAGAAGUCUCCUACCUACGUCUCAAAGAUGGCCUUGUGUCGGCCAUCGCUCUAUGCAUAGAGUUGGCCGACAGUCGGCCGACGGAAGAGAAGAAGGCCCACUAUGCACUGUUGAAUACGUGCAUAGACAACUUUAGUGCGGCCAUGGAUAAGUGCCGGCAAGUGUACUGUGAGAAGGAAAGAAUUAGUAUAUCGGCGCCGUUCCCUUCUAGGAUUAUUGCAUUCGUAAACUCGCCGGUGCCAUACCGGGAGCUAUACAGCACGGUGCUCCGCCUGGUGGGCUCGCUGGCGCUGUGCCGCGCGGACGACGCGCACGCCGCCAGCGACGCGGCCGCGCGACUGCUGCCCCGCGCGGACGACCAGCUACGCGCGGAGCUGCAACUCGUCGGCGACGCUGUGUGGAACAUGCGGGAACGACUUGAGAGCCUGUCUAAUUAUCUAGAGUUCGUAGGUAUAAUAACGUUUUUGCUGGGCGUCUGCAACGAGCUGUUCUCGCCCGCCAACACCAAGAAAUCGAAGAAGAAAACGAGCCAGUCCCCCGAUGAACUCAAAACUUCAGAGCUGCUGAAUAAACUCAACGCAGCUGUACAGAACUCCAUCACUUUCAUAGAAAACAUACUAGACGAAUGGCCUAAGUACAAUUUCCCUAACGAACUGCACGAAACUUUCAGCAAAUUAAUCCUAGACGAAAAAUACCAAAGCCCUGUAGAAAAUAAACUCAAAAACGGACGCGACGACAUGCUCAACGAUGUUAGAAAUAUUCUCAAAAGAAAAUCUAAGUACCUUAAGAGUCUGCUACAAUGAUGCCUUGAGCUUAGUGCUUGUACGAAAUAAUUAAGUAUUGUUUUUUUAUAAUAAAUAUACAUAUCUUGUAAAUACUUCUGUCUUUGCUGUUCGUCGGUGAUUUGAACGUUUUAAAAACAGCUGUAUAGUUAUCGGCACGACUCUUGAGCUCUGACCUACAUCUGCGCAGAAGUGAUUUAUUUGCAAAGAACCGAUCCCAAGUGACGGCUAUGACGCGAUGCACUGCGGGCCAAUCACCGCUUUAGCCCGCCCCCGCGCCUCACUUCAUAACACAAAAGGGACCCAAUAAAUUACUUCUGCGCAGGUGAAGGUCAGAGCUCAAGAUUCGAGCCGAUAACUAUAAUAUAAUCAUACAAUAAUAUAAAUCUUAUUUCAUCAGAUUAGUUCAGGACUGGAUGUCAAUAAUUUUACAAUCAGUAAAAGCAAGCUGGUUUGAAAAUGUUAAAUAAAUAGGUAUACAGAAUUUUGCCUUAUUACGAAUGUUAAGAUACGAAAUAGAAAUGUAAGACAGUCAACAUUACAUCCAGCUUUCGAGCUUUACGAUCACGUAACCCCGACUUUAUACUCGUAAGCUGAUUAAAAAUUACGUAAGUGACUUCCGUAAAUUACAACUUCAUAGAAAUUGCAUUUGCAAAAGGACAAUGGGCGAAAUGUUUGGAUGUUGGUCUACUCCCCCUCUAGUAAUGAGUCAUACAUCAUUUGAAAGGUCUUUUCAAGCGUUACAUUUUGUACUAACAUUCUACUUAAUUCUUAGUACUUUAGAAGUUAGAGCUUAUUUUAGAUUAUAUUAUCGAUAAGUGUUUUCAGUUUUUAAAUCCCUUCUCUACUAAUAAAUUAUAAUUCACUGGAAAGGUCUUUUUAAACAUUUCGUACUAAAAUACCUCUAACAAAUUGUCAGUACUUUACUAGUUACAACAGAUUUUAGACAUAGUUAUUAUUUCACUAAACACGUUCUAACUCCCUAAAUACUAACAAAUGACAAUCGCCGCCAUACAAGAAAAUACUCUACAUAACACAAGCUUUCUAUUGAUAUAUCACUUAAUGCUAGAGGAGAGGUAGACCAAAACGCUCAUUGUCCUUUAUCGUAUAUUUACAUAAGCUUACCAGUGUAAAGUCGGGGUAAGGCUUUUAACACACUGACUUCGGACUCGAGAAGAGCGAUUUUAAUCCUACUUAGGUUUUGCGACAGUGUAAACGAGCCUUAACACAGUGUGCACCAUUUCGUUGAGUAUGUAUUCACUACUAGUCUUCCUGUCUUCAAAAUGCUGAUAAAAUAAAAAAUGUAUAAAGUCACUA